CACACCUUCAAGAUGCACGCCUCGUCGAUUCUCGUCGCUGUUGCGGCAUUCGCCGGUUUCGCUGUUGCACAGAACCUUGACGGUGCCGUCUUCAACGGUCAGAACUACUCGAUCUCGGGCCCAAUCGCUGUGCCACCCCAGAACCUUGACGUCGGCUACAAGCGCAAGAUCUGUCUUGCUCAGACGCAGCAAUGCCCGCAGAUCUGUGGCGGACUUGCUACCAAGAACACAUGUGACGACAGCACCUUGGCCUGGAACUGCAGCUGCUCCAAUGGUAACCAGCCCAACAUCUCCGACUAUGAGCAGACCGUGCCUGGCCAGAUCUGUCGCACGUGGUUUAUCAACUGCAUUGCUGCGCACCCCGAUGACGCCGAUGGCCAAAGUGGUUGCAAGGCACUCCAGUGCGGCACCAAAUUGGUCCGCUCCAGCUCCGUCACUACGACCGCCUCAAGCUCUACCAACUCUCCAACAACCACCGGCGGAUCCAACACUGCAAACGGCGCUGCCGCCACCACCCCCGCAGGCACUGCUACCACCAGCACUCGCCCCAAUGCUGCCGCUACUUUGGCUGCCGCUCAAAACUACGGACACAUCGCCAUUGCUGGUGGUAUGGCCGCCCUCCUCGGCCUCGCUUUGUGAAGCAAUUCACUUUUGAUGACCUGAGAAGAGUUAUCUCAUGUCCGUAGGCGCGGCAUCGGCGCCCAUUCAUGGAAAUCGAUGGCAAGAGUAGGAUGCAUGACAUGGGAAGUGUUCUGGACAACUUUGCCCGGACUCUCUGUGUUUACCUUUUAUUCCGUUCACGAGUAUACGAAAGCGCCGAUUUGAAGAACUGUCUGUUUUGAUUCCCUCCUGUCAUAGAACAAUCGUCGUUCUAUCUUCUUGUUUUCACCAUCAUUGUGAGCAGAUUAGCGUUACUCUUCUUUGGACAAUGAUAUCACACACGUACGGAUCACCCGUACAGUAAUUUGAGGAAGACCUAUCCUGCCCCGU